GGCGUGUCGCGAGCACGCCGUGCCGUGUCGGGUCGGAUGGAAGGUAGAUCCAAAGCAGGCUCGCUUCGCCUCGUUUCUGGCCUCGUUAUCUUUCAGCAGCGAACGUCGGCGGUGAAACCAAUCGGCGUCGCCAGCAGGAUAGAAGGGAUGCGGGCCGCGAGGUGCAAAGAUUCGUCGUGAGACAGGCCGCCGCCGGUACCGGUACGUGCAGGUGCGUCCAAAGAUGGGGCCGCUCGUACCGGGGGCUCCCGGGAGCAGGGUGGGAGCCCCGAGCCCCGAGAGGAGCCUGGUUGUCCUCUUGCUGCUCGCCGGCACGCUGGCUUCCAGGGCCACGUCCACUUGGCCCGUCGCAGACUGGAACAGAACCCAAGGCUCUUCUGCUCUGUCACUUCCCCGCCCAGAGCUGGCUCAGCGUGGUAACCGCAGUGGUCUGGCGGAGAACUCGGGCGCUCAAGGGAUCCAUCUGCUUCUCCGACCGCCGGACCUGCUCGCCCCCAGCUUGACUCCGCCGCUCGUCCCCCGCAAGCGGCCCACCCUGGCCCCCCCCCCGCCCUGGGAGCAGAGUAACUCCCUGGAGGAGGCCUGGGCUUCAGGAGACUACCUGGAGACCCUGUCUUUCGUGCUCCCCGAUGGCGAGGAUCUGGCCCCGGCCACGCCUCUUCCCAGCCACCCUUACGACGACGACACAGGGGGCGACUGGGCGCCCGCGUACGACGGCGCCUUACCUCGGCGUCCCACCCCGCCGCUGGACGCACGCCUUCUCUUUUCACCCUCCGCCGGCGCCCCCCCAGACGUCUUCCCCGCCUGGGACGACGACUACGACCCCGAGGACCUGUCGCCGCUGCAGCCCACUGAGCUUCUGCUGCCCGACAUGAACAGUUUGGAAUACUACACCAACCUUUUGGCCAAGGAGCGGGCCAAGGAGGGAUCCCGUCCCCCCUCCGAGCGGGACGGCCAGGAGAAGCACGGCGUCCCCGAGCUGUCCAUCCCGCCCACGCCAAUCCACAAGCGAGGUCGAGCCGGCGAUCCCCACGUGCGGACCGAGGCGUCUCCCGGUUCCGCUGCCACCCCGCGGAGGGAGCCCGAGCCUCCGCCACCCAGCCCUGGGGCCGGUGAGUCACCGACUGUUGCUCCGGGAGAGUUUGGGCCAAGCCCGGCGUCUCCUAGUUCCCACGCCACCGGCCCGGCGCUUCCGCCGGCUCGUCCCGCCGAGGACGGGCUGGGCGAGACCGCCGCCACCGAGAGGACGGCCGUCAGCCUGACCCGAGCGCCUCCGCCGACCACGCCCAGGGCGGCGCACCCCCCCGCCGUCAAACGCUAUCUGUGCAACGUCACCAAGCCCGAGUCGUACCUGGUCCGAAUAGGUGGCGCCAGAGGCUCGGUGGCUGGUUUCACUCAGGUCCGGGACCUUUUGAGGCGAGAGUUUAACCGCUCCGUGGAGCUCCAGUUCUUGAGAACGCCGUCCAGUUUUGCCUUCCGCGUGGUCUCGGGACCGUUGAUCUACACCGCCAUCGCCGUGGUCAACGCCCUCCGCCGAGCGCAUCGUCUCUUGGGCCCGCUUCCCGCCGUGUCCACCCUCUAUGCCGUCCCGGACGUCAGGUACCAGGUCCACACGGUGCUGCUGUUUGUCCCCGCCCACGUGGACGUCAGAGUCUGCGACUUCAGCGAGCGUGUGGAGAGCGGCCUGGUGAUGGCGUACGGCCAAACCCGCCGACGCUUUUUAGAGUCUGGUGCCGUGGCCGUGCAGCUGCUGAACGUCACGCUGGGCGCGGCGAGGCCGGCGGGCGAGCUCAAGGUUCCCGUCGACAUCGUGUUUGCGGUGCGGGACGGGCGAGGAUACGUGGCGGGAUUCCAGGUCAGCCAGCACCUGAGGAAGCUCAGCCCAGUGGAGUUCAGCUUCUACGUGGGCUUUCCCGCUCUGCAGAUCGCCGAACCUUUGCGUUAUCCCGAGCUCAACACCUCCCAUCACCUGAGGUCCACGUGGGUGCGCACGGUCCUGCUCGGCGUUCCCGAUCAGAUCUUUGUCCAGCCAAGUUUUCAAGCUCGCGUGGAGCGCCGCUUGGCCUUGCUGCUGGAGGAAGGCCUGGGAGCGUCCGGCGGGCGGCGCUGGAGGAGAGCCACGGCCGUGGCCAACGGCAGUCUGCAGGUGGUGCGGGUGGCCAGGAUGUCUGGGGUGGAACGUCCCCUGGAGGUCUUGUACUUUGCGGAGGGACCAGGAGGCGCCCGGAUACCAGCGGAGGAGACGGCGGACACCCUGAACGGCUUGGACCUCCAGCGAGCCGCCAUCGUCCUGGGACACAAAGUCCAGAGACCGCUGGCCCAGCCGGUGGAGAGCGCAGCCGUGCCGCCCUCCGAGACCCAAAGCGGCAGUGUUUGGCUCAUCGUCGGCGUGAUCGUGCCCGUCUCGCUGGCCCUUUUCAUCAUUGUCUUGCUCUACUGGAAGCUGUGCGCCUCGGACAAGUUGGAGUUUCAGCCAGACGCCAUCAACACCAUCCAGCAGAGACAGAAGCUUCAGGCCUCCAGUGUGAAAGGCUUCGACUUUGCCAAACUUCACCUGGGCCAGCACAGCAAGGACGACAUCAUGGUGAUUCAGGAAGCCACGCCGGCGGCCAAGGAACCUGCCGCCGCCGCCGAUGGCGGCGUAGACAGCCCCAAAGGCUCGUCGGCCAAAAGCGGCAGAACCGUGCGUCACCGCGCCAAGGCCAGCCAAUCGGACGCCGACUCGUUUGGCAGCGAGCGAUCCAGCGGCAGAGACUCGCCCGGGGAGAGCGCUGGACCCGCCGCCGCGCCCGUGGAGGCCAAGCAGCCGAAGAAGCCGCCCAAAAGCGCCACGCCGGCUACAGAUGAGCUCAUGUCAUCGUCUUCCAUCUUUGACCACGUAGACCGUCUUUCCCGCGGCGGCUCGUCGGACGGCACGCGGCGUCCAGCCGGCAAAGUGCAGCUGAUGGCCAUGCAGCCGCGGCCCGGCGCGCCGGCGCAGCCCAGCCCGUCCCUUUCGCAGAAAGUCAGCACCGAGGUGGCGUUGCGACACAAGUCCGAGAUGGAGCAGCGCAGGAACAAACUCCGACAGCACGCCAAGAGACGGGGGCAGUGCGAGUUCCCGUCCAUGGACGAUAUCAUGGACGCCUUCGGAGACGGACCGGUCCAGACCGAAGCGGCUCAGCGUCUCUACGGUUCGGCCCACGACCACACGGACUGCGCGGACUGCCGCCCACCGCCCGACACCCCAUCCCCAGAACAGCGGCGGAGAGCAAGGCGCUCCCCCCGGGCGCGGCGGCAGCAGGCUCCGGCGGGACCGGGAAGUCUUCCGGACACCGACCAGGAUCGCCUGCUGGUGGACCAGGGCGCCACCUACAGGAAGUACCCGGGACUCAACAAUGUGGCCUACAUGUCGGACCCAGACCUGCCCCCAGACCCCGGGAGGAGCCCGUCCCCCACCGAUGAGGUGUUUGAUGGCCGGGCCGGCGCGGGCCCGCCCCCGUACAUGCCGCCGCGACCCUCAAUCGAGGAGGCCCGGCAGCAGAUGCACUCCCUGUUGGACGACGCCUUUGCUCUGGUGUCUCCAUCCUCGCAAGGCCUGAGCCCGGCGGCCCUCCCCCUGGCGAGGCAGUGGGGGUCCUACCCGGCGGGGCCCUCCCACGGCCCCCUCCACGCUAUGUACGCCGAGCUGGGAGUUUCUCCAACCUCUGGCCUGGGGGCCCGAGGUCAUCUGCAGAGGCAGAGCUCAGGAGGCGAGCAGCUGCAGGAUCCCUCGUACCCCAGCAGGCGGCAGUACGGAGAGCUGCCCCCCUUCUCCAGACCCGUUGGAGGCGGCGCAGGCGUCCAGCACUUGACCCAGGUGGGCUUGUCCAGCCAGAUCGGGGCCUGCGUGGGGCGCAGCGCCUCGGGACCCACCGGCUCCUCCUGGAGCGAGAGGCGCUCGGACCGGGACCUGGACCCGGAGAGCGGCGCGCCGCUCUCCUUCCCAGAGUUGUCGUCUUCGCCGCUUUUCCAAUUGCCCAGCUCUUCGCUUCGGGAGCCGUCGGGGCCGCCUCUCCUCCUCGCCUCCCCGACUCCCGAGUACUUGCCCGAGGACGCCUCACCCUCCGCCCAUAGCUCGGCCUCCCUGAUCAAGGCCAUCCGAGAGGAACUCCGCCGACUGGCCCGGAAGCAGGCCGUGGCCAGCUACCCCUAGAGGACGCGGCCGACCGGCGGCUCUAAGCCCGUACCCGGUCGACACCCGACCCGGCGACGUGACCUCCGCAAUUUGACUGGGUCGUUCUGGCGUGUCCCGACUGGAGUCAGUUUUUGGUCUUUUCCACCCGGCUCUUUUGGACCGGAUGGUGGCCAGUUCCGACGUCGGGCGGUGCUAAGUGUCAAUGGUCGGUCCCCCGUUUGCUGCCUCUGGAGGCGCCUUCCCGUCAAAUGUUGCUACUGAGAUGUUUAUCAUUGUGUCAGCUUGUGGUUAGAUGGAGUCACACAGGUGCCAGUCUGAUUUGUCUUGAGAACGUCAAGUCACCUUAUUAGGAAAGAAAAUGUCCAAGCCAAUGAAGCUUGGCAACUCCUCCGACGUCUUGCUGUAUUUUUCACAAUUUGCUCUUGUCUGUGUUCAGGGUUCCUGUAGGGGAUGGCCGUGUGGGUGGGGGGCCGGCCGGCGGCGCCUGGCGUACGUCAAUUCAAAGCUCGCGGCGUCGCUCCAAUGUUCUCCUUCCAGCUCGGAAUGAUUAUUAUUAUCGACGAACUUGUCGGAAUAUACAGCCCCUUGGUAAUGUCCCAAAAUGUUUAACUCCCGAGUCCAAGUGUGUUUGCGUCAGGCCAAAAGCGCGCAAAACGGCGGCUUGCGUCAUCUGGAGCUGCCGCAGUGGCGACGUCUCUCAAGAUAAAUGUUUACAUUGAAGACUGCCGUACGGGCUGCUGUUGUAAGGCCGUACUUGUGCUGUAGUAUUUACGUUAGCUGCGCGCCCUUGUAUCAAAACAAACUUUGUGCCAGUUGAUAGCUUUUGUGUCUCGGCUAAGUAGAGGAAACCGGUUUGGGGUCAGAAACCGCCUUUGCGCCCAAACCUACGACAAUAUCAAGCACGAUCCAGGGAAAUACGCCGUCGGUCGGAAGGAAGGGAAACAUGCCGUCGGUCGGAAGGAUGGGAAAACAUGCCGUCGGUCGGGCUCACGCGCUGGGACCUCUGUUGAUUGGCUGAUUGUGGCUUGAUAUUGUGAUGACUGUCCUCGCCGAUUGCUGUAUGUGUCUGCAAUGUUUCCGCAUGUCUUCUUGUUUGAGGCUUUCGGUAUGUUGGCAUGCUGCUUACGCUGAUGUUAGCAUGUUGCUAAAAGGGCCCAAUAGAAAAUAUUUUUAAAUGAACAAAAAAAACUUAGUAUACAUUUGAUGUUGACAAGAAAAAUCAAUAUACCUAUAUACUGUACAGUCGAAAGUAUUUACGUAAGAGCCGAGCCGCCUGAGACACUGAUUGGAUCGUUCAACCGUCAGCAAACUUGUGGGGCGCCGUGGCCACACAAUCACAUGGUGCUACUACUGAUUAAACUGUUGAGGUUGUUUGAAUAAGA